AUGCUGUCUCUGAGCUGUGCAGACCCCUGGCCUGAAGGCUCGGUGGCGCUGGAGGAGGAGGUAAUGACCGCCGCUGCCCAAGCUGAGGAGCGGGACAGCAUCAACAACAACAACAACAGCAACAGCAGCAUCAACAACAGCUCCAUCAACCUGGACGACAGCCUGACCAGCCUGCAGUGGUUGCAGGAGUUCUCCAUCCUCGGUGCCAACGUUCCGCAACAGGCCCACCACCAGCAGCACCUGUUCGGCCAACAGCCGCUGGGCUCCGACGCCCCGGCCUCCCCUCUGGCCGGGGACCCCGCCUCCAUGGGCAUGCCCCUGACACCGGGGAAGCCCAUCGCGGCGGCCUACAGCAGGAUGCAGUCCCUCCCCAGCAUCGUGGCUCACGGUCACUGCCCCGACGAGGUGGACUACAAGACCAACGCGCGCAUCAAGCCGCCGUACUCAUACGCGACGCUCAUCUGCAUGGCCAUGCAGGCCAGCAAGAAGAGCAAGAUCACUCUGUCCUGCAUCUACAAGUGGAUCACUGACAACUUCUGCUACUACAGACACGCGGAUCCCACCUGGCAGAACUCCAUCCGACACAACCUCUCGCUCAACAAAUGCUUCAUCAAGGUGCCGCGGCAGAAGGACGAGCCGGGAAAGGGAGGUUUCUGGAAAAUUGACCCGCAAUACGCUGAGCGUCUCCUGAACGGCGCUUAUAAGAAGAGGCGAAUGCCACCGGUCCAGAUCAACCCGGCCCUGCAGAACAGGCUCAUGGUCAACCUCCAGCCCCAGUCCAGAGGCCCCUGCGGCCCCAUUGGAGGUCAGAGCAGCCUGUGCAUCAACCCAGAGUCCCAGCAGCUUCUACUCGAGUUUGAAGAGGCAACCGGCGCAGACCAGAACUGGGACCCUCAUCUGGCUGAAGGGACCAUGCUGGGGUCGUGGCCAGUGGUCAGGGGAAGAGGUGGGCACAAGAGGAAACAGUCGGGGGGCUCCAGAAAUGGUGGCGCCAAAGCCCCCCGGCGCUCCAGCUCCCCGCUGCUCUCUGUGGACGAACCGAAGGAGAUUGGACCUCUGAAGGGGGACUUUGACUGGGACGCCCUGCUGGACUCGGCCCUCAGCGGGGAGCUCAGUUUGGAGGGAGGAGAACCUCUGAGCCCCAUCAUGAAAGAGGAGGACCUGACAGUGCGGGGGACCCACAUCUCUCCUGUUGAAACCCCCGCAGGGACAGCAGACAUCCACGUGUUGGUGGAGACCCAAAGGAAUAAUGACAUGUCGGACUUUGACGAGGAGACCUUCCUCGCCACGGCCUUCCUGGAGAGCCCCUGGCAAGAAGAGGAGGAACAAGGCCGCAGUGACUUCCUCUGUAGCUCCACCGUCAACCUGGACCAGCUGUUUGACCUCGGGGACUCAUUAGGCGGAGACCCAAGCGCCCGGAUUGACACCCUCCUUUGAGGAAUAGUUGCUUUCCAGGUCUCCUUUCAGACUUGCGGCUACGCUACUGGGGAAUAACAGACUCUUUUUCUUUUUUACACUCAAGCAAUCCUUAUUGUCCUUUUCAAGAUGUUUAAAGUAUUUUUAGAAUUACAUUUUGAUGCUGAAUCGUGCAGGAAGUACAUUCCCAAUGCCUACCAAACAAAGAUGCCACAAAUGUACAGUGUACAACCACGUUUGGUGAACCAUGACAUGACUUGAGACGAACAAAAAGUGAUUUUCAGAAUUAGGGCCUGGUUAAAGAGAAGCUGGUGAAACUUAACGACAAAAUUAAUCCACGCGUCUUUACAAAACAUUUUAUUAUAGAGGCUUGAUCACGUAGUAAGUACUCGCGGGGUUCGUGGGUGAACCCCUGUAGCUGGUGAGAUAACCGCUAACAUGCUAGCAAACCAAGACAUGCUAGGGCUAGCCAAUCACAUUAGCUUUCCUAGCUUCUUUUUUUCUCUUUACCGGGCUGCUACAUCAUUUAAUUCAACAACUUUUUAUCGAAGACAGAAAAUACGAACCUCUCUGAGUUAACGCCAUUGGCCAAGUGGGCCAUGGACAUUAGUAAAGAUGGUUAGCAACCAGUUAGCAAGCUUGUUAGCACUUUGCUAACAAGAGAGUAAGUUGACACAGUUUAUUAAAAGCUGUGUCAUCUUGUCUGUGGAGCAGUUUAUACUUUACACAGCUAAUAAGCUUGUUUUGCUAUUGGUCACGAGGCUAAUUUGUGUGUUAAAGUUAACCAAAAUUCAACUUGAUGCAAAAAAAGUGCAUCGAACUACUUAAGCGUUGCAAGUUAAUCCACUUAAUUGUGAUGCAAAAUUUCAGCGUUUUAAAUGUGUGAACAGACCCUUUUGGAUUACACAUCAUGAUCUCUGUUUACAUCUUAAAAAAAGUAAGAAGACGAGAUGACUUAUCCACAAUUUUUGUUUUUAUAGAGGAAGAAAUAACCGAGCGGUAUCAGCAGAUGUCAGGCCGAGGCUGCGACACAGAUGCAUUUUCUUUUACAGGAAGUCAUUUGUUGCUGAGGAUUGUAUUAAUAUGACUGUAAAUAAUA